AUCGUCCUCGAUAGUAUAAGUAGAAAGACGCGCCCUCGUUCCCAGCGUGACCCUGCUUUCUUCCGUUGAAAAGAGAUCAAACCAAAAAUCGCAUCAUCAAUUCUUCCUUGAUCAAAUCGAACAGAUUCAUUGCCGAUUUCCCUUGUGAGCAUUGUCGUCAUAACAACUACGUCUGUAUGAUGAGCGAGGAUAAAGUAAAAUGUGCCGCUUGCACUCGUCGUGGCCGUCCGUGUGAACGCCGGUUUCAUAGUGAAAAAGAAUGGAAUGAUUUGAAAAAUGCCGAGGAUAAAGUGAAGUCUGAACUUGAAGAGGCCAAGAUUAAGUUAGAAAAAGCUUUCAUGGCUCAACAAGAGUUGUUUAUCAAAGUUCGUCGUUUGCGGAAACAAAAGGAUUUCCUUAAAGAGCGUGGUAUGAGUAUGCAGUCUCAUAAUCAGAAAAUGUUGGAGAUUCUGGAUUCCAAGAAUCCUCCUUCUGAGGCCGAAGUGGCUGCUGCUGAUGCUGAGAUUAUGAGAGAACAACUGGAAUCCCGUGCUCUUGCUGCGACCGUCGAGGAGUUUGAUGCGUGGCUCGCCAGUUCUGAACAAUUUCCCUCCGGUUCGUUGGAUGCCGUUGGCAAUACCUCUCUAGAACUUCCUCAGCUCCAACAAGGUUCUCAAUAAGUUCCCAGGUGCUUUCCUUGGUGCUGUAGUCCUUCCACUUGACUAGGUAAUAGAAUUUUCCGUCUGGUGAUUCUUUCUCCGCUAAUAUGCUUUCAACUUCAUAGGUUUCUUGUUCGAUAGUGAUUUCCUCCUGUGUUUUAGCGUUCUGUGGUGCUGGUUCCAAUAAUGAGAUAUGAAAAAUUGGAUGUACUCUCAUAGUAUUGGGUAGUUUCAGUUUGUAGUUGACU